UUCCGUUGAGCUCCAGUCGCCGCCGCCGACACGCCGCAAUCUAGAGAAUCGCCAAGCCGGACCGUCAACGCAACAUUAACGUUAGUUGUGUUUUCUGGAGUAUUCAUUUUACUGGGGACUACGAAUAACGGGGGAUGACUCCUUAAAGUCGACAAUAAGAUGUGUGUGAUCUGCCUUUUGGUAGAGGAAAAGAGGGAACCUGAAUUGAAGACUAGCUAACCCACGGAUGGCCUGCCAGUCUGCACCAGUCAUCAUGGAUGAGCAAGCGCUGCUGGGGUUGAACCCAAAUGCAGAUGCUUGUUACCGACAAAGGGCACUGGCAUAUUUUGAGCAACUGAAGGAGUCUCAGGAUGCCUGGGAGAUGUGUGCAGAAGCUCUGGCUAAAGGCUUUUACAGUGACGACCAUGUCAAGUUCUUUUGCUUCCAAGUGUUGGAGCACCAGAUCAAAUAUAGGCAUGGGGGCCUGACUGCAGCCCAGCAGCAGCUCAUAAGGGAAACGCUGAUGAAGUGGCUCCAGACACAGCUGAUGAACGUGCACCAGGAGAAGCCAUUCAUUCGGAAUAAGGCGGCACAGGUGUUCGCCCUGACCUUCGUACGGGAGUACCUGACCCACUGGCCUAAGUUCUUCUUCGAUAUUCUCACUCUGAUCGGACUAAACCCUCAUGGAGUGGACAUCUACCUGCGCACCCUCAUGGCCAUCGAUGCUGAAGUGGUGGACCGGGACAUCAUGCACUCCGUUGAGGACACCCGCCGGAAUACCCUGAUCAAAGACACCAUGCGUGAGCAGUGCAUCCCCAGCCUGGUGGAGUCCUGGUUCCAGAUCCUGCAGGCCUACCAGCAGUCCCACAGUGAGCUCACCUGCCAGUGCCUGGAGGUGGUGGGCGCCUACGUGUCCUGGAUCGACCUCAACCUCAUCGCCAAUGACAGGUUUGUUAACUUGCUGCUGAGUCAGAUGUCUGUGGAGGACCUGAGAGAGGAGGCUUGCGACUGCCUGUUUGAAAUUGUCAACAAAGGCAUGGAUCCUGUUGACAAAACCAAGCUGGUGGAGCUACUGUGCCAAGUGCUGCAGUCAGCCGGCUUCUUCAAUGUGGAACGGGAGGAAGAUGUGGACUUCCUGGCCAAGUUCUCACGGCUGGUCAACGGCAUGGGCCAGUCGCUGGUGCUCAGCUGGACCAAGCUCCACAAGGCAGGCAACGUCAAGGUUGCCACGGAAACACUGCGGGCACUGGAGGCCAAGGUGCCACUCAUGCUGCAGCUGCUCGUGCACGAGGACGAUGACAUCUCGGCCAACAUCGUGGGCUUCUGCUACGAGUACCUGCAUGUCCUCAAACAGCUUCCGCUUCUGACUGACCAACAGAAAGCUAAUGUGGAGGCAAUCAUGCUGGCGGUCAUGAAGAAACUGACCUAUGAUGACGAGUACAACUUCGAAAAUGAGGGGGAGGACGAGGCCAUGUUUGUGGAGUACCGCAAGCAACUGAAGAUGCUGCUGGACCGCCUGGCCCAGGUCUCCCCCGAGCUGCUCCUCGAGGCUGUGCGCAGGGUCUUCAACAACACUUUACAGAGCUGGCAGACGGCUCCCUUCAUGGAGGUGGAGGUGGCCAUUCGGCUGCUGUAUAUGCUGGGAGAGGCCCUGCCUGCGUCCCACGGUGCCCAUUUUACCGGGGACGCCACCAAGGCCUCCACCCUGCAGGAGAUGAUGAGGACGCUGGUCAACAGUGGGGUCAGUGAGUACCAGCACUCCUCUGUGACGCUGGAGUUCUUUGAGACCGUUGUGCGUUAUGACAAGUUUUUCAUUGUGGAGCCUCAGCACAUUCCAAACGUCCUGAUGGCAUUUUUGGACCACCGGGGUCUGAGGCACAGCAGUCCGAAGGUCAGGAGCCGCGUGGCAUACCUCUUCUCCCGCUUCGUCAAAACCCUGCACAAACAUAUGAAUGCCUUCAUUGAGGACAUCCUGAGCAGGAUACAAGACCUGCUGGAACUGGCUCCUCCUGAAAACGGUUUUCCGGCGCUGCUGACCAGCGACGACCAGCUGUUCAUCUUCGAGACGGCGGGUGUGCUGAUCGUGUACGGCGAGAGCCCGGCGGAGCGGAAGCAGGCGCUGAUGCGCAGCCUCCUCACGCCGCUGAUGGACGGCUUCCGCCUGCUGCUCGCCAAUCUGCCGCAGGAGGCCGAUGAGGAGAGGCAGCUUGUGCUCGCCGACUGUCUCAGCCACGCUGUCGGCUUUGCCAGCCGCACCAGCAAGGCCUUCAGCAACAAGCAGACGGUGAAGCAGUGCGGCUGCUCGGAGGUGUACCGCGACUGCCUGCAGUGCUUCCUGCCGGCGCUGAGCUGCCCGGUGCAGCGGGGGGCCCUGAGGGGUGCCGUGCGCUCCUUCCUGCACCGCAUGAUCAUCUGCCUGGAGGAGGAGGUGCUGCCCUUCAUCCCCUCCGCCUCAGAGCACAUGCUCAAAGACUGCGAGCCCAAGGACCUGCAGGAGUUCAUCCCCCUCAUCAGCCAGAUCACCGCCAAGUUCAAGGGUCAGGUGUCUCCGUUCCUGCAGCAGGUGUUCAUGCCGCUGGUGCUGGCUAUCUUUGAGGUGCUGGGCCGGCCAGCGGAGGAGAAUGACCAGACGGCGGCACUGGACAAGCAGAUGCUCAGGAGGAGCUACUUCAGCUUCAUCCAGACCGUCACGGGCAGCGGCAUGAACGAGGUCAUGGCCAAUCAGGGGGCUGAGAACGUGGAGCGAGUGCUGUUCACCAUCAUCCAGGGGGCAGUGGACUUUCCCGACCCCAUUGCCCAGAAGACCUGCUUCAUCAUCCUCACUAAGCUUGUGGAGCUCUGGGGUGGCAAAGAUGGCCUGGUUGGAUUUACAGACUUCAUCUACAAGCACAUUGUCCCAGCAUGCUUCCUAGCUCCUCUCAAACCGACCUUUGACCUCUCCGAUGCCCAGACUGUCCUUACAUUAUCAGAGUGUACUCUUACCUUGAAAAUGAUUCAUCUCAAGAGGGGGCCAGAGUUCAUUCAGUUUCUCCAGCAGGAGUACCUGCCCUCCCUGCAAGUAUCACCAGAUAUCACACAGGAACUCUGUCAAGUGCUUCAGCAGCCUGAUGUCAAGGUUCUGAAAAACUACAUGAAGGCAUUCUUUCAGCGCGCCAAACUGUAAAAACUGGAAGUUGGACCGAGGGUUGAAAGGACACAGAAGAAGAGAAGAGCGGUCAUCCGUGCCACUUACUACAAAACAGACAGAGCUUAGCAUAGGAGCAGCUUCAGCACUUAAAAGUGAAUCGCUAAUGACGCCCAUCCAAAGCUGGGGGGAAAACGUGGUGCCGAUAAAGGACUUGUUUGGGGACGGGCUAUCGCUCGCCAGUGAUCAUGCCCCUCCCCAUCGACCUAGGCCCCAAUCAAAAGACGUGCUCUCCAUGUGGGUGCGGCCACUUGGCCAGAGGAUGAGUACAGGGAUUGGUUAACCCACUCGAAGAGACAGGAAACUGAAGUUUGUGGGGUGGGAUUUGGGGAAGGGGCUUCAGUUGACUGGUAAUUCCAAAGGAAAAUGUCAGAAGCCUAAAAAACUGUUGCCUAUAUAAAUAUAUAUAUAAAAAGAAAUACUGAGUGUGAACCUGACUUCAAAGUAUCAGCCAAUUUUUCUUUUGUUAGGAUUUGUGAAAAAAAAAAAAAAAAAAAAAAGCUUUAUUGGUUUAAAAUUAUUUGAAAUGUCAGAUGAUGUGCUGGUUUAUAUUAUAGAGUGGUUGGAUAUUGAGGUAAAUCCAUCAUUUUGUGUUAAGAAAAGGUUGAUUUGAGGAAUUUUUAUUUAAUGGCGACUGUGAUUUUUAUUUUUCUUUCUUCCCUUCCUCUCUUUUAAAUGUUGUGAGAUUUUCAUGAAUUAAGGGAUGUGAUCUGGCAGACACCUGGUUUGUAGUCCCCUGGUUUCAGAUGCACCAGUCUUUUCAUUUCAGACUUCGGCCAUACGUCUGUUGUGUCUACAAAUGCUUCAGAAAAACCGAUGCAAAAUUCCACAUGCACCCAACAAACCAGCUGUAUUGGUCAAAGAACCAGGAACUUGUGUCUGCUGAAUCAGUCCCGAAGUGUUAUAUUUUAAAGUUUGGAGUGAAUUGGAGAAUGUGUGACAAGAGAACGCAGGAGGGCUCGGAUUCUCAGUGCAUGCAUAUCCAUUAACGAUAGGAGGCGCUGUGGUGGUUCCAUUGCUGGCACUCAUCUCACAACUCUCCCAAACUGCUCAUCAAAUUUCAUGUGCUGUCUGAAGAUCAAAAUGUGUCAUUUGCUUUGUCAAAUAAAAGCGACCAGAUCUGUCUAUUGCACGUGGGAAUGCAGUGCCACACUUCUGCACUUGUUGUACUACCUGAACUUAAAUGUUUGUUUGUUUUUAAAAACAGACACCACCACCAGUACAGCCACCCUUAACUCCUGCCUUGUUGCUAUUGGAAUCUUACAUAGAAUGCCUGCCAGUUAAUUGUUCCUUAGAUAAUCAAUGUCAUCCAAUUCCACGUUGGUGCAUCCAGAUGAGAAACAGCUCAAGCUGGCCACGGUGUAUUCACCUUUGUUAUUGUUUGCAUUGUAUCAAACAUGUAUUUAAUUAGAACCCCCCCAAAGAUUAAAAGCAAUUCUAAUAUUGGUGCACGUGAAAAAGGAAAAGACCAAUAGAUUGAACAGAUUUAGAUGAAUAUUUUUGACAGCAAAAAGAAAAAAAGACAAUGUUCCUUGUGAUGAUUGAACCACUGAUGUCCUGUGCUGUCCUGUUCCCUGCAUCAUUGCAAUUCUGACAGACCCAAGGCCCCAAAUCACCUGCCUGUCCUAGUCAUUGUGUUUGUUUUUAAAUGAUUCUGUUAAGUUUUUGUACAUGGAUUUGUUGUCCUGGGAAAACUGUUAUACAUUAUACCUCUGACAAAAUGAUAACGAUAUCUGAUUAGACAGUGAACGCUAAUAUGCAGUAAUAAUUAGGGUGGAGUUUACUGGGAGUUACAUUAAAUAUAGGUCUGAGGAUUUUGAUUCCAAUGUUCAUACAUUUUUUUUUGUUUUAUUUACUUAGAUCAGAUCUAUGAAUUGGAAUUUAACAUAGCUCAUGAAGUGUGAAUGUGUGUGUGUGUUGUAGGGGUUGAGGAGUUGGGUGUGUUACCAAGUUAGCGUAGGUCAGGCUCAUGAAGGCGGUUUCAAGUGAUCGGUUAUGUCAUUGGCAGCCUUUUAAUUUAUUAUCUUAACCCUAAGGCUAAUUUGAAUUAAUGACUCUGCAUAGAUGACUAAGGACAUUUUCUGUCAGAGCCCUUCAAAUGUCACCCUGUACAAAUUUUAUGAUAAUGUUUCCAGUGAUUUUAUCUAGAGAUCAAUUCUGCUGAUUUGGCACCACCAUCUGGCGUGGCCCUGUACGAGAAUCUCUAAUCAGAUCCCACUGUAUUAAUGCCAAACAUAUGAAUGGAUUUCUCUCAUUCUGGAUUGAGAUGUCUUUGUGAGUACUUGAUUUAUUUUUGAUAUGUUGGGACAAACUUUCACAAUUUGUCAAUCUCUUGUCACCACCAAUAAAGUGUUUACUAAUCCUUA